UAUUAUGUCUCUUUUCAGACUGACUACAGCCGGCAUUUGGAUGAAGCGACUAGAGAAACUGAACAAAUAUCAUUUGAGGUAAUUCAGCAUUAUCUAGUGGAAGGCAAAAUUGAAAACGUUCUAAGGCUUAUGCAACACUGGGAAGCUUAUCGACAAAUUUCAGGUACGACCAAUCAAUCAAUGGACGAAGAAAUUAAAUUGUUUUUAAAAAAGAUAACAAAGCUGGAAGAUAUUUUGAAACUGCUUGAUAAUCAGCAUACUCAAGCAGUUGUACAAAAAGUGGAAAGAAGGCUACAAAAUAUUUAUAAAUGUAUUAAAAACGAUGCUUCACUUAACGCCGGUGGAAAAUUUGAAUGGGUUGAUUCGGUUCUCAUCAAGUGUCUUCAAGAUGGUUCCUGGUUACUCGUCGAUAACGUCAACCUCUGUAGUUCAGCCGUUCUCGAUCGUUUGAAUGCCCUUUUAGAACCCAAUGGGGUCCUCACAAUUUCAGAAAGGGGAGUCGAUUCGGUAGGAAAUAUGACUGAAAUUAAACCACACAAAGAUUUCAGAUUAUUUUUAACUAUGGACCCUAAAAACGGUGAAAUAUCAAGGGCAAUGAGAAAUAGAGGAAUAGAAAUAUAUCUGCUAAACGAAAACGAACAUCAAACCAAUAACAUCUUUGACAGAACCAGUUUAGUCAGCUUGGAAGGUUUAUCUAGUCCAUAUGCCGAAAUAUCUAUCAAAAUACACGAUAUGAUAUCUGAUCUUUUAAUCGGAGAAAAACCGAGUAUCAACGAACUCAUACAACUAAGCACUCUAUUAUCGCAACAAUUUAAAUAUGAAGUUAACAAAACAGAAACGUUCGUUAAAACAAUUAUGGAAAUUUAUUACAAAACUAGAUCUGCAAACCAAUUCGACUGCCCGAAUUUUCAUAGUUUAAUACACGAAAAAAUAACCGAAUACAUUGGUGAAGAAGUUGGUAAAAAUUCAGAUUAUUUUAACGAAAAUCUUACUUUAAAGACUCAAAAUAUUUCAAAAAAUGCCUCUAUUGAAAAAAUUAAACAACAAUCUGUGAUUCUAUUUAAUUAUAUUGAAACGCGUGUUCGAAGCAUACAGGAUAUCAAUCUUGAAUUAUGUUAUAUGCUGGCGAAUUUCUAUUCAAUAACGUCAGUAGAAGAUUUAAAUUUAAGACACAUUUUUAUUAUAGAAAAAAUCAAGUCUACUUCCGAUGAAAAACUGAACCAAAAAAUUAAAGAUGUUUUAUUAAUCAUCAUCAAUUACUUGAACCAGUAUAUCGAAAAAGCUCAAACUGAUAAUAUGUAUCUACCUCUAGAUAAAAACUGGAUUUCAGACCGUUUAUUAGAUGAUAAAAUCAGUAAUUGGGUUAAUCUGGGACUUUAUUUAUCCGUACAUCGUCUUUUGGGUAACAUUAAGUUGCAUCUUAAUUCUGGCGGCAAUGUUACCCUUGGUGGUGGUGAUCUACACUUCAACCCACCAAGGGGAAAGAAAAUAACGUUAAUGGAAUACGCCAUUUUAAUCGAUCAAAACAAAGUGGAAGACAAAUUUAAUAAUAUCGUAAUAAAAAAUUAUGCGAAAUUGCAUAAUAACUUCGAGUCGUAUUUGUUUGAAAUUUUAUCUAAAAUGAAUAGAAUAUCUGAUGACGAUAUGAUUAAUCUGUUACAAAUGGUUUUUUGGAGAUACAAGUUGUUCGAAUGCUUUACUUUAGACUUCAAAAAUUCUACCAACGAGCUGGAAUUAAGAAAUACUAUAACCAACUUACCGGUUCAUUAUAAAUGGUUUUACAAAUUUGCUGUUAGACAAGUCAGCACAAUUACAGAAAUACCCGUACCUGAAGAAUUCGAAGAAAUUUUAACCAUCAUCAACUCAAAACUAGACAAGCAGUUUUCUACCAUUCACAAAUUGGGUAAAAACUAUCAGAAAUGCAGCAAACGGCCGCCACCUUUUACCACGAAAGAUCAAUUGGAAAUCGUCAAAGGUUUUAACGAUAUAUCUAAAUUGUAUGACACGACGCUCAAAGGAAACGAUGCCAUCAACAUAUUUAACGUCGUUAAUGGAAAUAAAGAAUUUCGAGCUGCUUUAAUAGAAAUGAAGUCCGAAUUGAACGAAGAUUGCUCGGAUCUAUCAAGAAAAUUCGAGCUAAUAACGAAAAUUAAAGAAUCUGUGGAAAGAGACGUAAAAAAGGUUCUAACGAAGUUUGAAUUAGAAUUACUAACAAUUCUGGAUAUCUUCGUGCAUCUUGAAUUGAAAAAUAGUAUUUCUACGGACAACUGUACCUCACUUGCAAAUAACAUUUUGAUUCCUACUGACUUAAGCGGCGCUUUAUUAGCAUACAAUAAUACCAAAAAUGAAUUACUGCUUCAUGAAAUUUACAAAUCUUACUAUAUGUAUUUGAUGAACUCUCCAUCGGCGAGACCAAGUCCGUUCUUAGGUUUGGAAAAAGUCGUAGAAUUGAGCGAAUUCAGUCCGAAAUUGACUUACCUGAUAACUACCUUGUUGAUCGAAGCCAAGGAAUCGGAAAAUUUACGAAUAAUGACUUUGGGUAAUUUUAGAGGCUUGUCCAAGCAACACGAGUCGUUAAAUUUGAUUCUUUGGAGGAAUUUGUAUCAGUUAUCCGAUGAAGAAUAUUCUUUUGUAUAUGUCGAACAACGAAAUUUCGCUAUUGUAUAUGAGAAAUUCCUCUCAGAGUUGGCGAAUUCAUUAAAAAUAAAUACCAAUUCGUACGAAUCCCAUGAAAAAGUAACAGAAAAAAUAGUGACAAGCUUGGAGGACAUACAAUGGUCACCUACUUACGUUGAUCCAGCACGUGCACUACCACAGCUGAUAGAUACUCUACUCGAAUGUGCACAAUUGUAUACCGAACUGAAAUCUAUCGACGAAAUUGACCUGGCUAUUAAUUAUAUUUCUCAAUUAUACCGCGCUGUAGCCAAUCUCAAAGCUACAUUUCACUCUAAACUUUCGAUUAUUGAUCCUCUGGCUAAAAAGACCAUUAAAAGAAGGUACUGUUGCGAUGCUCAAGAUAUGUUUAAGAUAAUGAAGAUCUCUUACGAGAACCUAAACCAAAUUUACGGUUAUGACGAGAAGACUAGACAUAUGUAUUGUGUUCCCAUAGAGAAGAUGAUUUCUAAAUUAGAAGAAAAACAUCUGGAACUUAGUAAAUAUGUAGCUUAUAGGCCACAAGAUGUGUUGUAUGAAACGGUUUGCGAGGUUGUUAAUCAUGCUUUUUCAUCCAUUAUGGGUGAACAUUUUCUGCCAGAUAUUCACGAAUAUAAAGAAAAUCGUUUGGAACAACAAAGAAAUAAAGUUGCUAGCUACGAAAACCUCAUCCAUGAAAUGAGCCAAUUCAGAAACAGUUAUCCAGAUAUUGUUGAACCAUUAUUGAGCAGUAUUGCUGAAUAUUUGUAUGGAUUUAAAUUGCAUUUGUCAUAUCUAACUAUGGUAGAGAAAAAAUUAAGUGAUAGUGAAAUUAAAAUUAUCUAUGCUUUGAUUAGUUUCCCAAUUCUUAAUACUAUUUGCCAAAAUUAUCGGGAACAUGUUAAUUUGUUGAGCAGCAGUGACGUAAAGAAAUUUGUUAACCAGGUUUUGGACAAUUCUGAACAGCCUUUUAUUAAAGAUCAAGAGAAUUUCAGGAUGCUAAAAACCGCCAUUCAAGAAAGUUUUAAUAAUGCUGUUGUAAACUCUCAGAUAAACGAUAUUUUACACACAUCAGAUUUUGAGAUAUUUAAUAGUCUCAUCAAUCAAUUUGUCUUUUCUUAUAAUAAACAACAAGAACAAAAAGAAAAACAGAAGGAAGAAGCUGAUAGUUUAUAUAAAAUAAAGACAAAAUGCGAUGAAAAAUCGGAAGAAGAACAGAUUAAAGAGGACAUGCAAAAAUUGUUUCCGAAUUACCACACGAUAGAUUUCGCUGACUUCCAACAUACUCUGGAAACAGACGAUUCAAUCGAAAAAGAAGUCGAAAUUAAUUAUGAAGAAGUAAUUACCAACAAAGAUCUGGAAGAUAUUAUAGUUCUUCAUACUGUUUUGCUUAAAAAUUUCACAAAAUGCGAAUGGUUAAAUCCGGUAAAAAAUAAAUCAAUCGCUCCCGAUUUUAUUCGGCCACUGAUGGACAAAUUUGAAACGUUUUCGAAGAUUUUAAAUAAAACGGUCGAUGCAUUUACCUACAAAAUCGAUGAAGAAGCGAUUAAUGGUUUAAAUAUAUUAUUGGCUGUAAAGAAAAAAUAUGGAAACGUAGAUUAUUUGAGUGAACAUAUAUCAUCUGGAAAAAAAUCUAACGACUUCUAUAAGGAUUCUAACGUAGAAGAAGUUAAAUCAUGCUGGCACAUUUUGGAAGAAUUAAAAAUCAAAAUUAACGAGCUUCUGGAUGAGUGGCCUGAACAACCAACGUUGAAAACUAUUAUUACGGUUAUUGACAGAAUAUAUGAUUUUGACAUAACGAGUCCUAUUACGAGGUUUUUGACUGGUUUUGAGGUUCUACUCAACAAAUGUCACGAAUGGGAAGAGGUGGCCCAUUCCGGUAAUAGUUUGAGUCAGCAUCAUCAAAAUAUCACCAAUCAAAUUAUACAUUGGAGAAAAUUGGAACUAUCAAUGUGGAAGGAAUUGUUAAAUAGAGUUCAUGACAGAUUAAAUGGAUCUUUAUCAAAAUGGUGGCUGUACUUAUAUAACAUAAUGCACCAAUUUAUAUACCAGAAACAAUUUGGUGAAAAGGAAUUGAUUGAAACCUUACAAUCGUUUAUCACCAAAUCUAAUCUAGCCGAAUACCAAGGAAGGUUGGAUCUGCUUUAUGUAUUCCACUGUCACGCCAUUAUUUUAGGCAGAAAUGAAGAUUGCGAAGCUUUUAUAACUAUACUGUGGAAUGUAUACAUCUAUUUUCAACAGUUCGUCGAGAAUGUAAAUAGAAAAAUUAAGGAUCUGAGAUUGCCCAUAGAAAAGAAACUAAAGGACUAUGUCAAAAUAGUGAGAUGGAAGGACAUCAACUAUUGGGCGAUAAAAGAUACCGUUGAAAAAUCACACAAAACAUUGCACAAGUUUAUGAGAGAGUAUCAAGAUGCUUUGGAUCAGCCCGUUUUGCCGUGUCUACAUAAUACCGGUGACCUUGGAAGUAGUAGUGAUGUCGGUAUAUGGGACAAACCACAGAAAGAAAACAAAAUUGUGUAUUAUAUAGACGAAUCAAUAGAGCAUCAAAAUUAUCUGUAUGAUACUAAUUUAAUACAGAAUAUUGAAGGGCAAUUACCCAAAGACAAAUUAACGAGGUCGUUGAGCAAGGGUCUUCUUGAAGUAAGAAACACAUUUAAAGAUAUAAUGGCGUCUUCGCCGUAUCACAAUAAAGUUAAAGAAUUAGAUUCUUUCAUAAGCGAUGUCAUUGAAACAAGCACACAUUUGCAAAAAUUGGAGGUUGAUACAACUCUAACAAAAGAAAAACAAAAAUCUCAAGCCAAAAAUAUCUUGCAACAAAAGCACAGAGCGUUAGCGGAUUUGUUCAAAGCUCUGUCUAAGAUGGGAUUGUCUUAUAAAACUGGUUUAGUUGAAAGCAAAAUGAAAGAUCCCACUUCUGAUUUUCUAUUGAAGCCGAUCGACUUAAAUGCUAAUUUUAGUCACCAAAAUUAUGGAUUUGAAGAAAAUAAAAUAAAAAUGAUAUGGGAAUCUUCAGAAAAAUACUAUGUGAAAUCUUUAAUGCGACUCGACGUCUUAGAUACUGCCUUACAGAAUCCGGCAAAGGACCUUGGCAUGCACAAUGUGGAAAGAUGUAAAGGUUUCGGUAUACAUUUAUUGACUCUGGUUCAGAAACAAAAAUCCGAUCUGAUAUCUGCUAGCAGAGCUUAUUAUAAAUUGAGAACGUACCAAAAUCAUUUAAAGUUAUUCAACAACGGUUUAGAAUUCUUACCUAUACGCAUAGUCAAUGGCACCUUAGAGUUACUAUCAAAAUUGACGAUCUCCUUAGAUCAGUUUCAAAUAAUUUUGAACACAUGCCCCGAAGAUGAAACUUUAAACUGCGAAACUUUGGACAUUCCAGUACUCAAAUCUAACGUAGUAAACAGAAUAAUUUUCAAAAACGACGAAAUUUGGCUGAGAGCGACCAGUAUAUUAAAUAAAAUUAAAACUGUAACCAAUAAAAUUAACUUGCAACUCACUAAAUCCAAAGCUGAAGUGCCAUUUUUGAAAUAUUCAGUAAUUACUGAAAGAUUUGUACCUGUAGCCGACUUAAAUAAAUUAAAAGUUGAUCUUCAAGAUUUGAUAGAGAAUAUCAGUUCUAUCAAAAAUAUACUUGGUGGUAUUGCAUUAACUAAUAGUCUCACUUUGCUACAGAUUGAAAUUUCAGUCAAACUAAUAAUUUUAAGAGAAGCAAAAGCGUUCGAGACAUCAACUAAUGUUGAUUAUGAUUGGAAACAGGAUGUCAAAAAGUUCUUAGAAAAUGUUACAACCAUAAUAAAAAAAUUGAAAAAAGAACCUUCAGCGGUUCCUAAGCCUGAUGAAGCUGAAGUAACAGAAGGAAUUGUAGAUGGUCAUAUUAAAAAAUAUUUAAUAGAAAACAUUUCAAACGAUUUAAGCUUUUUAAAUUUCGAUUCUGUUCUUAAAGUAAUCGAAAACAUUGUUGGUUUUUUAUUAAAAAGUUCACCAAAAGAAACGAAAGGAAGAAAAAUAUUGGUUAACGAAUUCUUGAGUCUUUUGGAUCAAUUGGCUCUAAUUUAUAGAUACUAUGUUACACAACUGGUGUGUGGUUACAGAUCCACUUCAAAAAUUUGUUCUAUUGUGGUAAACAUCUUCAUAGAAUUAGCAUCAAAAGGUUUCUGUAUACCACCGGAAUUUUCCGAUGAAUUUGACAAGGAGGGUAUUAGUAAACCAUCCGAUGGUAUGGGAUUGGGAGAAGGCGAAGGAGAAAGAGAUGUAUCAGAUAAAAUCGAAUCAGAAGAUCAACUCGAUGAUGCCCAACCAGGUGGACAAGAAAAGGGAGAAGACGACGAUAAAGAUUGUAAAGAAGAAGAAAAGGGAAUAGAGAUGAGUGAAGAUUUCGAUGGCAAACUUCAAGAUAAAGAGAAAAAAGAGGACGAUGACAGCGAUAGCGAUUCUGGAGAUUCAGAUGCAGAAGAACAAAUGGGUGACACUGAGAAAGGAGCAGAACAAUCUAAUAAAGAAACAUUUGGAGACGAUAAAGACGAACAGGAAGAAGGAGAAGAAGAAGGAGGCACUGACGACAAGGAAGAAAAGGGCGAUAAAGGUGAAAAAGAAGGCGAAGAUCAAUUGGGAGCAAAAGAAGGUCAAACCUCAAAAGAAGAAGAAAACGAAAAUAAAGAAUCAUCCAAAGAGAAGGAAAAUGAUAAAAAGGAAAUAAACGAAAUGGAAGAACCUGAAUACGAUGACAACCAAAUCGAUCCUCAUCAUGGUAAUCAACCAGAAUUACCAGAGCCCGAACCCAUGGAUCUACCAGAUGAUAUGCAACUUGAUGAAGGCGAUCAACACGAAGAAGAAAACCAAAAUAACGAAGAAAAUCCCUUCGAUAUCGAUACAAUGAAAUCAGAAAACGUCCCUGACGAAAAAGAUGAUACUAAAGAUAAUGAGAAUGAUGAUGAAUCGAGAGAUGAUAAGAAAGAUUUUAGUAGCGACGACGAAGACAUUGAGAAACGUGAUGAUCAAGAAGGAGAAGAUAAAGAAGAAAACAUUGGAGAUGAAAAACAGGCAGAUAAAUCGCAAGAUUCUUCCGAACCUGAAGAAGACACUGAUGCUAAAAACGUUGACGAUUCAGGUUUAGAUCAAACUCAAAGUCACCAAGAGAAUAUCGAAGCAAUGGAAGUCGACGAUGCAGAGGCAGCAGAUAAAGCACAAGCUAGUAAAUCUGAAAACCAAAAAUCCAAUCAAACAAUUGACGAACUUCAACAGGAAGACAGGCCAGAUCAAGAAGGUGUUGGACAAUCCCAAAUGGAAGAAAAUAGUUCUGGUCAUACGGCGCAAACUUCGGCUCAACAAGAAAUUAAAACCACCAAAGACAACAUUAAAGAGGAUCAGAAAAGAAAACAAAGACCCGGUGAAUCUGAUUCAAAGAGAAGUUUAGGUGAUACAAACCAACCGGUUAAGAAAAAAUUGAAGACUGUCGAUUCUAAAAAUAACGAUCAGAAAGAAAAUGAUAAGGAUGAAAGUAUGGAAGACAAUGCUGAGAUGUAUCAGCAUAUUAAGGACGCGGAUGAAAUUAAAACUCAGAUCUUGGAUGUUGCUACAAAAGAACAAGCGGAGAGUCAAAAGAAGGAAACCCAACACGAAGAAGGUAAAGAUGAGGAAACUAUGGAGUCAUCUAAAGAAUUAUCACCAGACGAAGAUCCACAAAUACAAGAAGCUGAUGAAUCCGUACCCGUUAAUCCUGAAAAAACUGCCGACUCCAAAGAUAGAAAACAUAGAAAAGAUCAGCAUCCUGAUGGAGACGUUCUGGAAGAACUCCAAGACAUCCAAAUUGAUGGAGACGCUAUAGAAACCCAUACAGUACCACGCGAUACACAAUCUACACACCACACACAAUAUUCAAAUAUUCUAGAGAAUACCGCUACAAGAUUAACAGUAGAAGAAAUAAAUAACUUAAGAGUAGAUGUCGAAAAACAACUAUCAGGAUGGAAUGAACCUCCUAAUACGUUAGAAGCUGAUCAAGCUUGGCAAAAGAUUUCAUCAGUCACGUCUUCCUUAGCUCAAGACCUGUCAGAACAAUUACGGUUAGUUUUAGAGCCUACCCAAGCCACCAGACUGAAAGGAGAUUUCAGAACAGGCAAAAGAAUAAAUAUGAGGAAAGUCAUAUCGUACAUAGCUUCUCAAUUCCGUAAAGAUAAAAUCUGGCUGAGAAGGACCAAGCCUUCCAAGAGGGAAUACCAAAUAGUUCUUGCAAUUGAUGAUUCUUCCAGCAUGGCUGAUAAUCACUCAAAAGAACUGGCUUUCGAAAGUGUAGCUCUUAUUUCAAAAGCACUUACGCUUCUAGAAACUGGUCAACUCUCCGUACUCAGCUUUGGUGAAAAAAUUGAGGUUAUACACAAACUGACCGAUACGUUUACUGAUAAGAGCGGAAUAAAGCUGCUUCAGAAGUUUAAAUUUGACGAAAACAAGACGUUUAUAGCCAAAUUGGUUGAUUUCGCUACAGAAAUGUUUAAUCAAUCGCAGUUGCAGUCCACAGCGCUGAACGCGAAGCUUCUAGUUAUAGUUAGCGAUGGUAGAGGAGUAUUUUCAGAAGGAGAAGUUUUCGUUAAACAAGCUGUAAGAAGAGCCAAGCUGGCCAAUAUUUUUAUGGUAUUUGUUAUUAUCGAUAAUCCGGAAAAUAAGAAUUCCGUUCUGGAUAUUAGAAUGCCCGUUUUUAAAGAUGGAAAAUUGCAUGAGAUACAGAACUAUAUGGAUGUGUUUCCUUUUUCAUUUUAUAUCAUUUUGAGAGACAUUAAUUCAUUACCGAGUGUUUUAAGUGACGCUUUGAGACAAUGGUUUGAGAUUGUUUCAAAUUUAGAUAAGUAAUACAUUUUUUAAUUAG